AAGAGUGUAAGACUGAGACCUAGACAAUGACGAUGACGUUGUUCAGUGGCAGAGCCAGUGGCUACUACUGCUGCUCUUCCUCGUUCACACCGUCCUUCAUCCAACCUGUCAAGAAUAUUAAUAAUGCUGCAGCCAAUCCCCUACCAAACUCUCCUCCACCUCCUCCUUCCCGCCUUCUUCUCCGUUCGUCCGCUGCCGCCGCCGCCACCUCCUUCGGCUGUUUUCCUCUUCGAGCUGCAGUCUCCGUAGUCAGCGAUGAAUACGCGUAUCCUUCGCCCUCUCCAUCCGCCCCUGGUUUCGAUUCCGUCACCCGCCGCCUCAUUCUCCUCCGCCAUGCUCACAGUUCCUUCACACAGCCUACCUUGCGAGACCACGAUCGUCCGCUUACCUCAACUGGACAAUCUGACGCCGCCAAAGUCGCGCUUAAGCUUCAACAGCUUGGUUGGAUGCCUCAGCUCAUCUUACUAAGUGACGCCGCGAGAACUAGAGAAACGCUCAAGAUAAUGCAGGAGAGCGUCCCGACAUUUUUGGAUGCAGAGGUUCGUUUCAUCCCCAGCUUCUACUCCAUCGCAGCCAUGGAUGGGCAGACUGCUGGGCACCUCCAGCUCUCCGUCUGCAAGCAUUCAACCGACGACUUACUCACCGUCAUGUGCAUGGGACAUAAUAGGGGAUGGGAGGAAGCGGCAUCUAUCUUUACUGGCACCACAGUUGAACUCAAGACCUGCAAUGCUGCUUUGCUUGAAGCUACUGGAAAAUCUUGGGAAGAGGCAUUUGCAUUGGCAGGGCUGGGUGGGUGGAAGCUUCAAGGAAUAGUGAAACCAAGUGAUGGGAUAGUAUAGUUAUGUGCAGUUGGAGAAGGGGGAGGAGGAGGGUGGAAUGCAUUGCUUGCUUAUCCUCAACCACCACCACUGGACGAGUUUGCUUCCCGGAAACGAAAUGAUUAAGAUAGGACCAAUGGCGUCGUUGUCUUCCAUCCCACGGGCUGUUGCCUUCCAGGACUAAUUAUCUCGACCAGAUCAGAUCAGAUGGAGAGGUCGAAAACUGUAGAUGGGAAGGAAAUAUAAGAAGGCGGCGAUGGCUUGCCUGGAGUCUUUUUGAGGGAUGGAAGGAAGAGGGUUUGUUUUCUGCGCGUGUUGUAGCCUGUAGGUAGAGAGAAGUAAUUUGUAGAGGACCAUUUAUAGCUUGCUUUUUACCUGCUUAGUAAAUCAUAACAGGCUUGGUCUGCAACGAGAAGUCCUUUGAUUCACCCCUCCAAUUUGUUUUGGAACCUGUUACUUUUAUGGGUAAAUGGCAAGUAUGGUCACUGGAAUUACUAUGGGGUCGUUUGGAUGUGGA